AUGGCUAAGCUGCUCGCUGUUACGACGGCCUUGCUUCUGCUGCUCGAUACAGUGAUCACAUGCCGAGCUGACUACGGCUCCCCCGGAUCGGGUUCAGCCGGCUACAGUUACCCCAGCCCGACGCCGACGCCGACGCCUUCCCCAGCUCCUAGUGCCGAUGGCCUCGCCAUAGGCUUCUACGACAGCUCGUGCCCAAAUGCCGAGGCAAUCGUGAGGGGCGUCGUCCAGAAGGCGGUGCAACAGAACCUUGGCACUGGUGCGGGACUCAUUCGAAUGCUCUUCCAUGACUGCUUCGUCAUGUUAGAUAGUUUGGAUCAUCUAGUAGUGGAUCCAGUGGGUGAGUUUUUUUCUAAUUGA